GUGUACGUUGUUUACAUGGGCGAUCGACCCAAAGGCGACCACUCAGCAACAACCCAUCACAUGAGCAUUCUACAGGCAACACUUGGGAGCAAAAGGGCGAUGGAAUCAUUGCUCUACAGCUACAAGAGAAGCUUCAAUGGCUUUGCAGCCAAACUAACUGAGGAAGAGAAGAUGAAAAUUGCUAGCAUCGAUGGCGUGGUCUCUGUUUUUCCUAGCACGAAGAAGCAUCUCCACACGACAAGAUCGUGGGACUUUAUUGGUUUUCCUAGCACGGUCAUCAGAUCGAAUGUCGAGAGCGAUAUCAUCAUAGGAAUGCUCGAUACCGGAAUCUGGCCUGAAUCGUUGAGCUUCGAUGACAAAGGUUUCGGCCCGCCACCGAGCAAAUGGAAGGGCCUUUGCCAAUCCUCCUCUAACUUUACUUGCAACAACAAAAUUAUCGGCGCAAGGUACUACCACAGUGAAGGAACCAUUAAUCCCCCGGAUAUCCCGUCCCCUAGAGACACGGAAGGGCAUGGGUCGCACACGGCGUCCACAGCAGCCGGUGGCUCGGUGAUUGGGGCAAAUUUAUACGGUCUUGGGACCGGAACGGCUCGUGGAGGGGUUCCGUCAGCGCGAAUCGCAGUGUACAAAAUUUGCUGGAUCGAUGGCUGCUCGGACGCUGACAUUCUGGCUGCAUUUGACGAUGCAAUCGCUGACGGGGUGGAUAUAAUAUCCAUUUCUGUAGGAGGUUUCGCUGCUUUGGACUACUUCGAAGAUUCCAUCGCCAUUGGAGCAUUCCACGCGAUGAAACACGGAGUUCUCACGUCUAACUCCGGCGGUAACACAGGUCCUGACCCAGAAACGAUCGUGAAUGUUUCGCCGUGGUCGCUCUCCGUCGCCGCGAACACCAUCGAUAGGAAGUUCCUCACUAGAGUGCAGCUUGGCAAUCAAAAGACGUAUGAGGGCGCAAGUGUGAACACGUUCGUGUCGACGGACAAGAAUGUCCCUUUGGUCUAUGGUGGCAACGUCCCCAACACCGCAGGAGGCUUCGAUGGCUCAACUUCAAGGUAUUGCGAGCGGGAUUCAUUGGACCCGAAAUUGGUGAAGGAUACAAUUGUUCUUUGCGACAUGCUGAAUGAUGGCGAGGGGGCAGCUGCAGCCAAUGCAACGGGAACCAUCAUGCAGGACAAUGGCUUCCGCGAUCUUGCCUACUCGUUUCCCCUACCCGUGUCUUAUGUUGGAACCAAAGAUGGCGCUCAAAUUUAUGACUACAUUAACCAAACAAGUAAAGCAACAGCGACAAUUUCCAAGAGUGUUGGUGUGAACGAGACGCUAGCCCCUUUUGUCGUCUCAUUUUCGUCGAGGGGGCCCAAUCCCAUCACCAAAGACAUUUUGAAGCCUGAUCUAACAGCACCUGGAGUGGACAUUCUAGCGGCAUGGUCGGAGGCAACAACUGUAACGGGAUUCCCCGACGAUCCGAGGGUUGUGCCGUACAACAUUAUUUCGGGGACGUCCAUGUCCUGUCCCCAUGCCUCCGCUGCGGCAGCUUACGUAAAAUCCUUCCACCCCACAUGGUCUCCCGCCGCUAUCAAGUCGGCUCUCAUGACAACCGGUAAUUCUGCUCCUACGAGUGGCAUAAAAAACAAGGACGCCGAGUUCGCAUACGGGUCGGGUCAGAUCGACCCGGUAAAGGCGAGGUCCCCAGGCCUGGUCUACGACAUUGCAGAAUCAGAGUACGUGAGUUUCCUCUGCGGCCAAGGCUACAGCAACAAGAACUUACAGCUCGUCACCGGCGACAACGCCACCUGCACCUCCGCCACCGCCGCCUACGACCUCAACUACCCUUCCUUCGCCGUCUACACCCGCCCCGGACGUUUUGUGCAAGCCACGUUGCGCCGCACCGUCACGAACGUGGGGCCCGCAUUGUCGACGUACAGAGCGGCGGUGGAUUCGGUGCCGGCGCUGAGCAUACUAGUGCAGCCGACCACUCUAGCUUUCAACGCCGUCGGAGAGCAGCUCAACUUUACUGUUACGAUCACUGGGAUGGCCUCCGGCGGGAUGCUAACGGGUCAGUUGGUUUGGGCUGACGGGGUGCACCGAGUUAGGAGCCCAGUGGUUGUCCAUUCUGCAUGACUAUCAUCGCUAUGAGUAUGAUCGAAUAAAAAGGUAAUUGAUAUAUAUUAUAUUUAUUUUAUCGAACCUAUUUUUUGCGAGCAAAAUAAAAUGGUAGAGUUUAUAUAACGCGGGGUGCCUAAAAAACACAAAAAGCGCCGUCUGUGGGAAUCGAACCCACGACCACAUGGUUAAAAGCCAUGCGCUCUACCGGCUGAGCUAAGACGGCUUACGCUGUUAAUUUUCAGCGUAUAUUUAUUUAAUGAUGUUCUUAAAUCGA